UCGAAUGUUUAAUAUGAAAAGAAAGAGGUUUCACUAAGACGCUAUACAGUAUACGCAUAGAUACCAAGUUACAAGGUCAAGAGAACGGUGUGAACUUAUACACGAGUGGAAUUAUACUGAACUUCACAUUGGAGUAUAUAUGAGAUAACGUAUCAUCAAACAAUAAAGUUGUUUUCGUGCGAAUCGUAAAGUUUUAAAUACUAAUUGUUAUAAAGAUUUGGUGGUCAAAUAGUGCAGUAAUUGAAAAAUGGUGCAUCUAUCGGAAGAAGACUUCGGAACGUUUAAGAACGAACCAGUCAGAAAAUUCACAUGGUACACUGAUAGCGGUAUAGCCAUCUCUGUCAUCUCUUAUGGAGCCAUCAUACAAUCUAUUCAGGUUCCCGAUAAAAAUGGCGUGGCCAGCGACGUUGUUCUUGGCUUUGAUGACAUUGAAGGUUAUGUCACAAGGAACACACCAUACCUAGGAGCAACGGUUGGUCGAUGUGCGAACAGAAUAGGUGGCGCCACCUUCCAAAUCGAUGGUCAAACUUACGAAGUCGCUAAAAACAUCGGCAAAGAUCAUCUACAUGGUGGAAUCGUUGGCUUUGAUAAGGUAAAUUGGCACACUGCAGUAGACGGAAAUAAGGUAAUAUUCAGCUACCUCUCCAAAGACGGCGAAGAGCAUUACCCAGGCAAUCUCAUCACGAACGUGAUAUAUGAGGUGAAGGAUGAUGAGCUGCAUAUCAACUUUGUCGCCAGUUCUGACAAGAAGACAGUGAUAAAUUUGACCAACCAUUCAUAUUUUAACUUGGCGGGACAUAACACAGGAGCAGAGGGGCUCUUUGACCAUGUCAUCAUGAUGAACGCAGACCAGAUUACGGAAACUAACGAAGGGUCUAUACCCACUGGCCGACUCCUCCAAGUAGGAGGUACACCUUUUGACCUGCGCGUGCCCAUACGUCUCGGAGACGCGAUGAAGAAAGGCGAGCUUUUAUUUGAUGACAACUUCUGUAUCAAUCGCUUCGGUAACAAGGAUCUUACAUUCACAGCACGUGUAACUCACCCAAAAUCGGGGAGAUACCUUGAAGUGUACACGAAUCAGCCUGGCGUUCAGCUUUACACCGGCAAUUUUCUGCCUGCCCCAACUGAAUCUGCAUUGGUUGGAAGGGAUGGCGUUGGCUACAGGCGUCAUGGAGCCUUUUGUUUGGAAACUCAGAACUACCCUGAUGCUGUCAAUCAUAGCAAUUUCCCUAAUGCUGUUUUGACACCAGGCAAUAUAUAUGACCAUAAAGUUGUGUAUAGAUUUGGCGCGGAAAAAUCACAAUCACCAAACGUUAUGUCUGUGUAAUUUCAAAAUAUUAAAAUAUUUUUCACCUGUGGA